AUGGCUCACACAGUUUUCCCACUGCAAGUGUUCAUGUUGAUGACAGUUGGUCAGCUGAAGGGCAACUCAGGUCUGGACUCCAUCUGUGAUGUUACUCAGGAUGCUGAAUGUUAUGGGGCUCUGGGAGGACCUGUGUACCUGCAGCUGAUGAGGAACGCCAGAGAAUAUGCCCUGGGCCUCUUUUAUGGCAGUUCAUGUGUUUUUAGAGACAGAAGAUCCAAGUCAGUGUUCUAUAAUGAGUUCAACACCACAUCAGUCCUUCAGAGGUGGCAGUUUGUUCCUGAUAACGGGACCAUGAUUAUCAACCCUGCAGAGAGGAGAGACACAGGAACAUACAGAGUGCAGAUCACGGAGGAGUCAACAGGGAAAUCAGUGGGAAUACACACAGUACAGCUGACCAUAGAAGCUCCCGUGUCUUAUGUGAACCUGUCAAUCAGCUGCUCAGCCAAUGGGGAGAGGAGGGUGAUGUGCUCCUCCAAUGGGGACAGUCCUCAGUACAGCUGGUCUCUGGAUGGGAGGCCUCUGGAUGAUGCUGCUGCUGAUCUCAGUUCAGAUAACCAGACUCUCCUGCUGAGGGGGGAUGUGACUGGACAACUCACCUGCAGCGUCAGGAACCACGUCAGCAGCACACACACCACCAGACUGAUGGAGCUCUGCUCUGGUGCCUCCACCACUGUGUCUGCAACACCAGCAAACCACACCCUCCCCUCUGCCCCUACACAGUUCCCAGGCUCAGGCCUUCCUCCACAUAUCGUGUACAUCUUAGGAGGCGUUGCAUGUGCUCUAGUGUUGGUGGUUGUCGUGACAGCUGUGAUUGUUUGUAAGAAGCGCAGAGUCCAGCUCCAGGACCAUGUCAACAUGUCAGUGCAGCAAGGGAGCGUCCCAAAAGGUCCGGAUGACGUGGGAGAGAAGAAUGACAAGGAAGCAGAGGAGAUGGAUGAUAAUGAUUAUGAAAAUGUUGAAGAGGAAAAUGAUUACCAAAAUGUAGACCACUAUGGCACAGAGGAGGACAUUGAUUAUGAAAAUGUAGACCACUAUGGUGCAGAGGAGAACAUUGAUUACGAAAAUGAAGAGGACAUUGAUUAUGAAAACGUCACUGUAUGUUUUGACCCUUAAACAUGUCUGACACACACACACACACACACACAGACACAGACACAGACACACACACACACACACACACACA